AUGGAGAAUCCCAACCCCAAGAGAGGCAGGCUUAUUAAAAGAGCCAGAGACUCAGCCGGCCCUCCAGUCAGCUAUCUCAACAAGACGAACGGGAAUGCCUCGAAGCUGACUCGAAGCCCCUCCGCAGCGUCUUACUUCUACAGCCAGCAGGAACAACAGCAGAGCAGCCUUGGCAGCUCCCAGCCGUCUUCGACCGCCGGCGCAUCACCACAGCCACAACUCCGCCGGUCGCCAUCGCUGCUUCAUCCUGUGCAUGAGCAGCCGGGCUUCCAGGGGAAUUAUCUCGGGCCAGCAUCGGUUGGGCCCAUCUUCAAUUCGGCUGCCGUCGACGAAGCGCUGCUGAACGUGAAGACGGGCGUCAACGUAAACGUCCAGGCGGGGCCACGUCGUCCCUCACCCCCACAGCAUUCCUAUACCUACAACGCCGAUCAGCCGUCCAAAUACAAAGCACCCACACUGCGCCAGUCUGCCUCCUUCACCGCACUCGCCCGGAAGAUGGAUACCCCGCCUUCGGGCAGCAAGAGUCCGCGCAGCAACCGGUACAGCGAUGAGGGCGACGCAGCAAAGAAGAGGCACUCGGGCGGCGGCAAGAAAAAGGGCACAUUCUCCAGCUUCAUGAGCAAUCUCGUGAGCUCUCCGCGACGGCCGACCAUUUCGACGCCCACCAAUCCCAUGCACGUCACCCACGUCAGCAUCGACAACGAGACGGGCGAGUUCACGGUACGUGGCCCUCCCACAGGCGGUGUGUCUGCGCUCAACGCAGAUGCGCUGUUCGCUGGUCUCCCCAAGGAAUGGCAGCGCAUGUUGACCAGCAACGGCAUCACGGAGCAGGAACAGAAGCAGCAUCCCCAGGCCGCCGUCGACGUGGUCAACUUCUACAAGGAUAACGCAGAAAAGGGCGAGGAUGAUGCCGUGUGGGACAAGAUGGGUGCCGCCUACCCGCAAGGAUACGGCUCCUACCAGCACCAGCAGCAGCAGCAGCAGCCUCAGCAGCCAAACCCCAAUGCCGCCUACGGCACCGCGCAACCACUCCUGAGCCCCCCGCAAAGUCCACGGUUCCCGCGCAAUGGCGAGGACAGCUUCGAGAACCCCCGUGCGCCACCGCCGAUUCCCCGCAGUCUCACGUCGCCUGGGCCUACUUCACCACAGAUGAAUGGCUCGCUCGUACCAGCUCGUCCAGCGCCCAGGCCACCGGGCGCUUCUCCAGGCUCCGUCAACAUUGUCCCCAGUCGGCAAGCACCGCCCGUCCCGAGCCCAAUCGUUACGCAGCAGCCUGCAUACCGACACGAGAACGAAUACCCGCAGAUCGCAUACGCACCUCCUACCGCUACCGACAGCCCCGUUGGAGCGUCUUCUGCGCCCCGUAGCAGAGCGAACACCACUGGCGGCACGCCCCCGCGAUACGAAUCGCCCUCAAGUGGCCCUGGUAUCUCGCCUGCGCAGCAAUAUCAACAGCAACAGCAACAAGCCGUCCAUGCCGCCCAACAGGCAAUGGCUGCUAAGCAGCAGCAAGCGCCGCUUCACAGGAGUGUCAGCGCUAGAGCACCUCAACCCGCACAUCUUACGCCUGCACCGCCUGCACCGUCGCAACCGUCGCCACAGCAGCAAUUCGCACAACAGUCCGAUCCUCAGAACAUACCUCUACCCUCACAGCAAGCUCGCGUCGGACCCGCGCCCCGACCACGCCAGCGACCACGCCAGAGUCAGCAGGGUACGGAUAUUGUGGCCAAGCUCAAUGCUAUCUGCACGAAUGCCGAUCCUACCUUGAGAUACAAGCAGUUCAACAAGAUUGGACAGGGCGCCUCGGGAGGCGUGUUUACGGCAUACGAAGUGGGCAGCAACAAGUGUGUGGCUAUCAAGCAAAUGAACCUUGAGCAGCAACCUAAGAAGGAUCUGAUCAUCAACGAAAUCCUGGUGAUGAAGGACAGCAAACACAAGAACAUUGUCAAUUUCAUGGACAGCUUCCUUGUCAAGGGAGACCUGUGGGUUGUUAUGGAGUACAUGGAAGGCGGCAGCUUGACAGAUGUCGUUACUUUCAAUAUCAUGUCCGAAGGUCAAAUAGCUGCUGUCUGCAGAGAGACCCUACACGGCUUGCAGCAUCUACACUCCAAGGGCGUUAUUCACCGAGACAUCAAGUCGGACAACAUUCUGCUCUCCCUCGAGGGUAACAUCAAACUGACCGAUUUCGGCUUCUGUGCCCAAAUCAACGAGAGCCAUAACAAGCGGACAACCAUGGUGGGAACGCCUUAUUGGAUGGCCCCCGAGGUCGUGACCAGGAAGGAAUAUGGUCGAAAAGUCGAUAUUUGGUCGCUUGGAAUCAUGGCCAUUGAGAUGAUUGAAGGAGAGCCACCAUAUUUGAACGAGAGCCCUCUCCGCGCACUGUGGCUCAUCGCGACAAAUGGUACGCCGACGAUCAAGGAAGAGCAUACCCUGUCAGCAAUGUUCCGCGACUUCCUGGGCUUUUCACUGAAGGUCGAUCCCGACAAGCGGGCCAGUGCUCACGAUCUCCUUGUGCAUCCUUUCAUCAGCACUGCUGAGCCGCUCAACACCCUAGCGCCCUUGGUUCUGUCAGCAAGAAAAGCAAGGGCUGAAGAACGUCGUAAGAAGGGUGGUGUGUGAUCUUUUUUCUAGUUCCGUUUCUGGGAUGUGUCUCAUUCUAGAAACGUAGGACUAAGCACAGUGAUUCCCGGCAGCCACGGCUCCGUGGCUGUUUCGACCACAGAGUCCUUCGCCGGGUGGUAUGGAAAGACGGGUGACCUAUAGAGCAACAGAUGAUCGCAGUUGCAAUUGCCUCGCAGCCGAAUCUCAGGUGGACUUCAGCCUACACAACCCCCCUCGGGGAUUUGAAUCUGUAGCAUUCGACAAGCUACAGCAGCCUUCUCGGACUGCGCCGAUAUGCCGCGUCGUAGGCAGUAUUAAGAUUGGCGUUUUUUUUUUUUCAAUGCCUUAUUGUAGGCUAUCUCGGUUUCUUCGAGAACUCUUAGCAUAGCGCUACACGAGAACGAUGUCAGAAGAGUGUUCUUUCCACUACGGCAAAUGGUUGGUACAUUGGGGGUCAAUUUUAGGUUUCCAUGCUAUGAUUAGCGCAUGCUUGGGGAGCCAGUUCGAGGUACAUUUCCUGUGCCCUAUUCAUUACUAUCAAAUUCUAGUGUCUAUAUCAUCGAAUGUCAAGGAAUGACACAACGG